AUGGCGGCGAGAAGAGCCAGACCAGGCUUCAAGCUGAGCGACAUGGGAUUCACAGCGGAAGGACCUCCUGGUGGCGCUGGCAGCCCAGGCACGUCUCAGCCAGGGGCCCUCGUUGGUCGAGCACCGGGACAAAAGCUUGCUCCACCUGGUAAGCUUGCCAACGCAACCGGCCCCAUGAGUUCAGCUUUCGCGAAUUUUUCGAACGUUGUCGACCCAUCUGGACGCUUGAACUUUGACGGAAAAGCGAUUUUGCACAAGUCUGGCGUCGAAUUUCGGAACGGCACCAAAUUUCAGAUCAACAUGGAAGACUUGGAAUUGCUCGACGAGCUUGGCAAAGGCAAUUACGGCACUGUGCGCAAGGUCCGCCAUACGCGCACAAAAGUAGAGAUGGCAAUGAAGGAGAUUCGCCUCGAGCUUGACGAAUCAAAGCUAAAUGCCAUCAUCAUGGAGCUGGACAUCCUUCAUAGAGCUACUGCGCCUGAAAUUGUCGAGUUCUACGGAGCAUUCUUUGUGGAGAGCUGCGUCUACUAUUGCAUGGAGUACAUGGAUGCGAAGAGCCUUGAAAGCUUGUACCAUGGACCUUGCUCGGUACCCGAAGACGUGUUGGCGAGGAUCGUAGCGUGGACAGUGCGAGGUCUCAGAUUCCUCAAAGAUGAGCUGCAAAUCAUGCACAGAGACGUGAAACCAACAAACAUCUUGCUGAAUCGCAAAGGGGAGGUCAAAUUAUGCGAUUUUGGUGUCUCUGGUCAGCUGGAAAAGAGCCUCGCAAAGACGAACAUUGGCUGCCAGAGCUACAUGGCUCCCGAGCGUAUCAAGGGCGAGUCGCAAAACAUGCUUGGCACCUACACGGUCGCGUCUGACGUGUGGUCGCUAGGCUUGACCAUCGUCGAAACGACUCUGGGCACAUAUCCAUAUCCGCCCGAGACCUACUCGAACGUCUUUGCGCAGCUCCAAGCGAUCGUGCAUGGUGACCCGCCCCAGCUACCUCCGACGUACAGCAGCCUCGCUCGGGACUUUGUUGCGAGGUGCCUGGAAAAAGUGCCUGACCGGCGAGCCACUUAUGCGCAGAUGCUCGAACAUCCUUGGCUCGUGGAAGACUCUAACAAGGGCAGGGACGGUGUCGACAUGGAGGGAUGGGUAAAUAAAGCUUUGGACGCCAAGAUCGCGAGGAAAGCUGAAUCUGCUGCCGCAUUGACCUCAAACGCCGGCGGGCAAUCAGCGUAG